AGAGUCCUGGAGCAAGUCGGGCUCUUCGGUUCCCUCCACGGCCUGGAAGCAGAGAAGCAACUGGGCUGAAACAUCUCAGCUGCUGCAGGUUCCUUCCCUCCCCGAAUUUAAGCCCACUGGGGCUGCAUGCUGUGAAACUGGAAACUCCCCCCAAACUCAAUUAUUCUGUUAUGGACCUGAUGUUUUCUGGGCAACAAGACAAAGAAGAUAGCAAUAGGAGCACUCUGGACACUGAGGAUAACAAGCAGCAUUGAAAAGGAAAACAAAUCAGUCCAGAAAUCAAAAUGUUUUCCAUUUCCUUCAGAGAGCCACACAAUUCUUCAACUUCCUCAGCAGGUGAGAGAGAAACGAGAGAAAAUCAAGAAGAGAUUUCUAGCUGGGAAACGGAGCGUGUGAAUUCAAGCAUAUAUUACAUGAAUGGUCAAGGGAGAUUAUUUUUCCAUUCAGCAAAAGAGGGAAAUAUCUGGAAGUUACUGGGGAGGAAAAGGACAAUUGGAAAACCACGUAGAGCAGACAGUGUGACAGGCAAUGCUCUGGGAGGAAGAAAACGGCUUGAAACAAAACACCACCAAACAAGGGACCAUUCAUAUUUUUGAUCUCUUCAGGAAUAUGUGUUGUGAAAAAGCUCCAUAGACGUGCCAGUUGUGGGAAAGAUACAACUUGAAAAUCACAGUUGAUUAUUCAUGAGAGGAUCCAGACUGGAGAAAAGCCAUACAAAUACUCUGAAUGUAGCAAAACCUUUGGUCACAACAACUCCGUUUUGUUUCAUGGAAGGAUCCACACAGGACAGAAGCCCUAAAAGUGCUCCCAAUGCAAUAAAUGCUUUAGCAAGUAUGGCAACGUGGACUCACACCAAGGAAAAACUGUUUGAAUGUCCUGAAUGUGGGAAAUGUUUCUGUGAUAAAUCCAAACUGGUUACACACCAGAGGACUCACACAGGAGAGAAACCCUUUCAAUGUCCUGAUUGUGGUAAAGGUUUUAGUCAGAAUUCCAAUCUGUUGGCACACCAAAGGACUCACACAGGAGAGAAAGCUUUUGAGUGUCCUAAUUGUGGAAAAAGUUUUAGUCAUCAUUCCAGCCUGGUGACACACCAAAAGACUCACAUAGGAGAGAAACCAUUUGAAUGCCCUGAUUGUGGGAACUGUUUUAGUCAGAGAGGCAUCCUGGUGAGACACCAGAGGACUCACACAGGAGAGAAACCCUUUCAAUGUCCUGAUUGUGGAAAACGUUUUAGUCAUCGUUCCAGCAUGGUGACACACCAAAGGACUCACACAGGAGAGAAACCCUUUGAAUGUCCUGAAUGUGGUAAAAGUUUUAAUCAGUUUUCCAGCCUGGUGACACACCAAAGGACUCACACAGGAGAGAAACCCUUUGAGUGUCCUGAUUGUGGGAAAAGUUUUAGUCAUAUUUCCAGCCUGGUGAAACACCAGAGGACUCACACAGGAGAGAAACCCUUUGAGUGUCCUGAUUGUGGGAAAAGUUUCAAUACCAAUUCCAGUCUGGUUAGACACCAGAGGGUUCACACCGGAGAGAAACCCUUUGAGUGUCCUGAUUGUGGUAAAAGGUUUAGUCACAUUUCCAACCUGGUGAAACACCAGAGGACUCACACAGGAGAGAAACCCUUUAAAUGUCCUGAUUGUGGGAAAAGUUUCAAUACCAAUUCCAGCUUGGUGAAACACCAGAGGACUCACACAGGAGAGAAACCCUUUCAAUGUCCUGAUUGUGGGAAAAGUUUUAGUCAGAAUUCCAACCUGUUGGCACAUCAAAGGACUCACACAGGAGAGAAACCCUUUGAGUGUCCUGAUUGUGGUAAACGUUUUAGUCAGAAUUCCCAUCUGUUGGCACACCAGAGAUCUCACACAGGAGAGAAACCCUUUGAGUGUCCUGAUUGUGGGAAAAGUUUCAGUGAGAAUUCCAGUCUGGUUAGACACCAGAGGAUUCACACAGGAGAGAAACCCUUUGAGUGUCAUGAUUGUGAGAAAUUUUUCAGUCAGAAUUCUAGUCUGGUUAAACACCAGAGAACUCACAGGAGAGAAACCGUAUGAGUGUCUAGACUGUGGGAAAGAUUUCAGUAUUAGGACUAGCCUUCUAAAUCAUAUGCUUAUACACACAGGAGAGAAACCAUUUUAGUGUCCCGAAUGUGGAUGGUGCUUCAGGAAAAAUUCCACCUUUAUUGCAUAUAAGAAAAUCCACAUGAGGCCAAGUGAUGAGUUAAUCUCGUACAUUGAACGACAUCACUCCUUGCUUUUGCCCACACAUUCAUUGCUUUCUUGCUCCAGAUCAGCUUGACAAGGCAUCUGGCGCCAAGAAAGCAGCCCUGAGAGGCUGUGCGCGACUUCUUGGGGUUGCUUUCUCAUUAGCAAAUCACAUGAGGAUGGCGUUCCUGUAGGCUUUGGCAGCCCUUUGCAAAAAGCCUUUGCCUGUAGGAACAGGACCUCGGAGGGACACACCCACUCCUCCCAAGCUCAGUUGGUGCCAACAAAGGCAGUUUGCAAAGGGCUGCUGAGGCCCUAUGGGAAUGCAAUCUCCCAGCAGGCCUUGGCAAGGAAAUGGCAAAUGGAGGGAAGGACUGAAAGAAUGAAGUCUUCCCUCCAUUUGCAAACGUCCACGCUUCAAUUCACAGAGAAUAGAUGCCUAAAGUGUGAGAUUACUCAAGACUACUGACCUUGCGUGAUCUCGCGGUACGUUAGGCCUCUGUCUUCUGUAAUGCAGGCAAAUAAAGCACAACAGAGAGAUCUUUGCAAGGUAAGUCACUCUCCACAGGCAAAAUGCCUGUGAAGACUCAGCUGGGGGUGGGGAGAAUAGGGGUGAAUAUAACAGAGCCUCUGCGGUCGUUCGUAAGGAUGAACAACAGCCGUGGUGCUCCAGUAUUCAUAAUUUCGGGAUUUGUUUGUAAAUGCUGAGGGGAAGGGGGGGCUUAUCGUGUAACUUUGAACAUUUGCUAAGAGAACGCUUGUAACCCAAGGAUUCCCUGUAUUUAUUU